CACUAAAGUUAGAACCUGUAGUUGCCAGACAAAGGAGAAGCACAAGCUGCAAGGACAUCUCAUCAUGGAGAAAUUUACAGCUGCAAUGCUUCUGGCUGCUUUUGGAGAUUCUUUAGGCUAUAGAAACUUCAACUGGGAAAUCAGUGCUUCAGGAGUAAAGAUUCACGAAGAGCUGAAAGAAUUUGGAGGUUUAGAGAAGUUGAUGUUGUCGGUAAAGAAAUGGCCAGUCAGUCACAACACACUGAUGCACAUGGCUACUGCAGAGGCUCUUGUUACAGAUUACUGGUGCUUGGAAGAUUUGUACAGGGACAUGGUGAAGCAGUAUGUUGAUGUUGUGGACAAGCUGGAAGGACGUCAACCAGACCCAGCAACCAUUGAAGGAUGCUCACAUCUAAAACCGGAUAACUACUUACUAGCAUGGCAUACCCCAUUCAAUGAAAAAGGUUCUGGAUUUGGAGCUGCAACCAAGGCCAUGUGCAUUGGUAUGAAAUACUGGAAGCCAGACAGACUGGAGACCUUGAUUGAAGUUAGCAUUGAAUGCGGGAGGAUGACCCAUAAUCACCCAACAGGGUUUCUGGGGUCACUGUGCACUGCGUUGUUUGCCUCUUAUGCCGUACAAGGAAAGCCGCUUGUACAGUGGGGAAGAGACCUGCUGAAGGUGAUACCAAUGGCUGAAGAGUACUGUAAGAAAACUAUUCGUCAUAUGGCAGAGUACCAAGAGCAUUGGUUCUACUUUGAAGCUAAAUGGCAGUUUUACCUGGAAGAAAGGGAAAUAGAGGAAGACAAUGUGACAAAGCCCACCUUUCCUGAUAAGUAUGAUGCUGAUGAAAGAGACAAGACAUAUAAGAAAUGGAGCUCAGAGGGCCGUGGUGGAAGAAGAGGACAUGAUGCUCCCAUGAUUGCAUAUGAUGCUUUGUUGGGAGCCGGUGGGGAUUGGAAGGAGCUGUGCAGUCGAGCAAUGUUCCAUGGAGGAGAAAGUGGUGCAACUGGAUCUAUUGCUGGAUGUCUGUUUGGAUUGCUGUAUGGUGCAAGCAAUGUGCCAAAGAGUCUGUACCAGGAAUUGGAACUGAAAGAAAGACUUCAGUACUUGGGCGAAAAACUCUAUGAAGUCUCCACAAAGGAAAAGUAAUGCAACUAGUUUCAUUUUCUUAGCACUAUAUAAUAGAAAUAUAAACAAACACUGAUGUAGUGUAGUCUUGUGAAGAGUGGGGAGGGGUGUAAAUGUUUUCACGAUUGCUUUCUUAGUUCUUUGGUUAAUUUUAAAGUUGUUAUUAUUGGCUAUUAAUUAGCUCAGCUAUCCUACCUCAAUUACAUACCACAUACAGAAGGAAGACAUGGGCACAUCACACUUGUUGCUUCUGGGAUAAACUGUACAUACUGCUGGGUGUUGUUGCUUGUUGGCAAAAGGAGAAUGAUUAUGGGUGGAGACAUCAGGGUUUAAUGACUUGAUGCAGAAGUUUUAAUAUACACACAUAAAGUUUUACGGAUUGGUUGUAUGGAAGGUUUAACAGCAGGUGUGCAUAUGCUUAAUGAUGGAGAAAAUACAGACAGUGGGAGGUGCUAAAAACUACAGUCUGAGAUCAGCCCCAUCAGAGGAAUCAUCUCCAGUGUAGAAUUAUUUUUUUGCCUUAUGUGUACAAAUUCCACUCCUUGCGUGUGCUUGCUGUCAUAGGGGAAGAUUCAAUUGUUUUAUGGGGUGCCCAAAGGCAUGGGUGCCUGUUGGAGCAAUUCAAUUGUUGCUGUGAUGGGCACCCAUUACUUCUGAUGUGCCCAAAAGCACCCAUCUAAAAUACUGCUCGCAGCACGAAAAUUCCUGUUUGGGGCAGCCAAAUGGGACACUUUUCAUGCAUUUUAGCUCUCCAUCUCAGGAGACGGUGAGCUGAACUGCCCCCCUUCCCUCCGGCUAAUCACUCUGGAAUAGAGCAACAACUGAAUUUGUGCAUUGGGUAAGUUCUAGUGGUGGACGCAGGGUAAAAUAAUUGAAUCACCCCAUAGAGGCUACUAACAUUCAUUUUCUAUGUUUUGAAAAUGUCAAGUCUUGCAGUUGCAUAAAACUUUUCAUAUAAAUAUAAUUUUAAAUGGCCAAAUGAAUCUGUGUACAAAAGCGCCAUAUAAGUAAUUACAUAGAUGUAUACAUGACAUUAAGGGGCUGAUGCAGGGUUCGUAGCACAAUGGGUGUAAAUAACUCUUAGAUAAAUGGAGCACAGAAUAUAUGAUAUUUCCUUUCCAAUCAUAUGUAGAGCUGAAGAUGUGCUCCAUUUGCCAACAGUAGUAUGUGUGUCUGGCUUGCACCAGGUCCUCAGUCCAGACUUUUAUGUCCCACUUGAACCUAUGCUGGACACCAUUGAAAUUACGUACAACAAAUGUAUUUGCUGUGAGGCAUCAGUUAAACUACAAACACCUCUAUUAAUACAAUUUUUUUUAUACACACUCAUGAAACACCCAUAAUAUAUGACUGAGAGAUGGAGAAAUCACCUAUCAGUGUUAUCGGCUUGUUCACAAACAGCCAAUCACAAGUGGUUGCUAAUUAUCAUAAUCCUCUGCAAUUUGCACCCGCCCCUGACCACACGCCAUACAGCUUUCCCAGGCGUAUUGCAUCUUAUUCCUGGUUUCAUGUGUUCACAACAAGGGAUUUCUGUAUGUGUACAAUUUAACACAACACCUAAUCUUUCAUAUUACAGUCUCCAUGUGAGCAUAGCACAUAUAAAAAUGAUCAUUUGUGUUUAUAAUCAUUGUACAAUAAGAUUUGAAAUUGUCCAUAAGCCUCUGUGUCCCAUAUGCCAGACUUGCAUAUGCCAGACUAUACAAUAAAUGGAAAUAUCAAUCAGGACAUGACCAGCCAUUAAUAAUAACGGGUGUAUUAUAAAUCUACUUCUGUGGAUAGUCUCAAGGGACAGAGAGCUGCAGGACUUCCCAUAUAUACAUGGUUGAGACACAUUAUUAUGACCACCUCCUACAUUUGUCGUCAGCAGCACAUAGCCCACGAAGUAUGUCACGUGUUUUGUGCUGUCAUGUUGUUUAUAUAAGGUGUGCGAUAGGCCGUCUGCACACAUAUCGCGCUUUGCUGUCAUGGGUAAAAGGGGCGAUUCAUCCGAGUUGCAAAAAGAGAUUAUUAUCGGCUUUCGGGCCAAGGGUGGCAGUAUUUCUGAAACAGUGCAGUUUGUGAACUGUCUGCGUGCUGUCGCAGUGAAGGUGUGUCGUGACUGGACAAAUGGCACAACUGCUGAUAACUGAUGUGGAAACUGCGGAGCAAGAUGUGCCAUUGAUGUGAGAGGUGAACAUUGGCAAUGUAGGUGCAUGAGAGCCGACCAACAUGCUACAGUGGAGCAGCUCAUAAUCAAAAUAAACCUGGGGGCUACUGGACGUGUGUCUAAAAUGACAGUACAGCCCGUCUGGCUGCUGUCCGUGCUGCACAUGGCGGUUACUCUGGCUAUUAGCUGGUGGUCAUAAUAAUGAGUCUCGACUGUGUAGUAUACAAUAUAUAGAAGAUGUUGGGUGAGGUGCACUCCUCAUAUGCAAUGGUGGCAGGAUAAAACACACUGCCACGUUAAUGCCCAAUGUCACCAGUUACUAGAAUAUGAGACCACUGACACAGUAUAAUGGAGUGUAUGCCAGUGGGGAGUUCUCUUUCUUAAGCUUCCAAGUUGAUGAAAUCAGUGACUAUGAUUAUUUAAAGACUUGUUGGGUAUGCUUAAAUACAGGUCCUGUCCUGUCAGGCAAUAGGUUAUAUCAAUCCAAUAUUAUUAUUAGGACACACUGGGGUAAAUUUACUAAGAUGGGAGCUCUAUUUAAGAUGGGAUGUUGCCCAUAGCAACCAAUCAGAUUCUACUUCUCAUUUAUCUAGCACCUUCUAGAACAUAAUACCUGGAAUCUGAUUGGUUGCUAUGGACAACAUCUCAUCUUAAAUAGAACUCCCAUCUUAGUAAAUUUACCCCACUGGGUCUAAUUUACAAAACACACUAGAUGUGCAGCACAAUUACUGUAGAUCAGGGGUAUACUCAUUCAUGAAGCACGUACUGCCUCUACUGUUGGGAGACGCAUCCUCAAACCAGAAGGGUGCUUAAGAUUACAUUACAUUGAGGUGGAUAAAUCAGAAGAGGCGUGUUGUGCAAAAGGGUUAAAAUCACAUAAAAAGUUCAGUGUCUUCCCUAAUUAAAUGAGUGAUAAUGAUGUAAUCUAGAGCCUUCUUUAACACAUUCAGUAUUUCUCUGUUUGAAACUUCAUUUAUAUUGGGCAAAGUGUUCCAUGAAAUAAGCUUGUACAACAGAGCCAAAGUAGAAGGUGCAAAAUAUCUGCCAUUACUACUAUAAGACAGGGCCUGACCUCUACUAGCCAUGUGCCCUUCAGGACGAAGCAUGUACCCUGCCAGAUUAGGCACGCUGAGGAGGCUUUGAUAGAAAUGUCAGCAUAAAUUAAGGUGCACAAAGCAGCCUUAUUUGUUUUUGAUCUGCACCUUGACCACUUUGCCACUGGAAAUUAUGCCUAGUGCAGUGGUUCCCAAGUUUUUUGGAAUCACGGCGCCCUAGAGUUUAAAUUUUUUUUUAAUGCCCUAGGCCAAGAGUUUCUUAUUGAGAAAUUUAGAAAAUAAUGUUAAAUUAAGUAAAUUGUGUUUAUAUGUCAUCCUUAAGUUCAGUUAUAUAGUGAGGGACAAGAUUUGCUUCUUUUUGUCCACAUAUUGUAUGAUUGGCAGCCUCCAACACUGGUUUUGCCUAUUACAGUAACCAUAAAUAAUUUUAAUAUGUUCUGGACCACAAAUCCAAGGCACCCCUACAAAGUGCCACGAGGUACGCCAGAGCACCAUGGCACACAGUCUGGGAAACACUGGCCUAGUGGCUACUAAUGUGGUAGGGAACAUGUCCAGUGCCUGUCCCAGAACUCAGUGUCCCAAAGUGUUUCCUGCUCCGCUGAUCAUGAAUAAAUCCUGAUCACUUAAUGAGGGGACAGUAUAAAUGUAAUGCUAUUCUUCAAUCCUUUGUGAUGGGAAUGAUGCAUGUGCAAUGAUGUGGUUUGAGCACGGGUCUGCAUACAGAAGCAUUAAUAUGUAGGAGGUGAAUGAAAGAAGCAUUGUCUUGGAAGUGGUAUUCCCUUAUUGCUUUAUAUGCUUGUGAAUAAACUAUGUACUUAACUCCA